GGAAUUUUUAUAUACUCACCUGUCGGACUGGUCACAUUUUAACAGAAGCCGUCGAUUGAGAAACACACAGAGAGGCUUUGAAGCCUUAACAGGCUUUAAAAAUGGGAAUUUUCACCGUUUUGUGUGCGCUGGUUCUGCUCGGUGCUGCUGUUCCCGCCUGGAGUGAAAAACACUCCCUGUACUACAUAUACACAGCUUUAUCCAAACCUGUCGAGCGGCCGGGCAUCUAUCAGUUCACUGCUAUGGGUCUGCUGGAUGACAGAGAGAUUGACUAUUACAAUAGUGAGAACCAGAGAAAGAUUCCCAGACAGCACUGGAUGAAAGAGAAAAUGCAGGAGGAUUACUGGGAAAAAGGCACCCAGUCCAGAAAGAGCAAAGAACAGUGGUUUAACGUGAACGUCGACAUUCUGAUGAAACGAAUGGGACACAAUGAUUCAGAUGUUCAUGUUCUUCAGUGGAGACAUGGUUGCGAAGUUGAGAAACAGGGAGAUGAAGUGAAGUUUUCCAAAGGCAUUGAUGAGUACAGCUAUGAUGGAGACAACUUCCUGUCUUUUGAUGAUAAGCAGUCUCAGUGGGUCGCCCCAGUUGAUGCAGCUGUUCCAACCAAGAGGAAAUGGGAUAAUGUGCCCAUCCUAAACCAGUACACCAAGGGCUACCUGGAGAAAGAGUGUGUGGACUGGCUUAACAAAUUCAGAGACUAUGGAGAUCAGGAGCUCAAACAUGGCUCUCCUCCAGAAGUUGAUGUGUUUGCAAAAAGGUGUACCAGUGACAAAACCAAAGUGAAACUCACCUGUUUUGCCACUGGCUUCUACCCCAAAGAUGUAAUUUUGACCAUAAGGAAAUAUCGCACACCCUUGCCUGAAGAUGAGGUUGAAUCCACAGGAAUCAGACCAAACCAUGAUGGAAGCUUCCAGCUGAAGAAGAGUACAAUUAUCCGGGAGGAUGAAAAAGCAGAAUAUGAUUGUUUUGUGCACCACAGAACCCUCGAAGUACCAGUUAUCACCAAAUGGGAUGGAAAAUGCAAGGACUGCACACAAGAGACUUUCUUGGGUAUGGCGAUUGGAGCAGCGAUCGGAGGCCUGGUUGUGCUGGGAGUCGGUGGAUUGGUUUACUACUUAAAAUGGAGGAGAAACAGACAACAGAAUGAUAGUGACACAACAAGGAGCAGUUCGACUGGUUCUCAGGAUAGAGUAAUCCAUUGUGCGAAUCUAACUGAGUUGCCCAAUACGGAAAUAACAGUACCUCAGCACGGUUCUGACACUGACUCUGGACAAGGAAGUGGUGAAGACAGUGCUGCUAGCUCUCAGGAGGCAGUGAACCUCUUGAUUGGGAACUCCAAUGGUCAAAGUCAAAAGCCUGCAGAAGCACAAUCACUACUAACAAAGCCUUCAGAGUGAGAAGAUCACUGAACAUUUGAUCUGUGGUAUUUGUCAUUGCCAAAUCUGACAACCCUGACAAUCAUUAUAUUUUCUGAGGUUGCUUGUAGUUGAAUUAUAAAUGACUUUCUCUAUCAUUUUCAUGUAAUCUGGAUUUUUUUUUUAACUUUGCUUGAGAGAAUGAUGUUUUCAGACUUGUUAUUGCUACUUCUAAAGGGCCAGGGAGGACACAUCUUCAUUGUUUUGAUAUUUUUAAUACCAUCAUUAAAAAAAUUCAGAGAUUUAGUACCAAUGAAAAUAAUCCAGCCUAUACUUGAGAAAUGACCUCAUUUCCUAAUAAUUAUUUUGAAUAAUAAAAAGAGAUAUGUUCUCUUGAA